CUGAAGCGGCUGUUUGUAGAGCGCAUGGAAGAUGAAACGUUGCUAAUCAAUGUCAUCUGCGGAGUGGUUUCAGGGGUGAUCUCCUCCGCAAUUGCCAAUCCGACAGAUGUGCUGAAGAUUCGAAUGCAGGCUCAAGGCAGUUUAUUCCAGGGCGGCAUGAUUGGCAGCUUCAUCGACAUCUACCAGCAGGAGGGUACCCGAGGCCUCUGGAGGGGUGUUGUGCCGACAGCUCAGAGAGCCGCCAUCGUGGUCGGGGUGGAACUGCCAGUCUAUGACAUCACCAAGAAGCACUUAAUUCUGUCAGGCCUGAUGGGUGACACCAUCUUUGCCCACUUUGUUUCCAGUUUUACGUGCGGGCUGGCCGGGGCCAUUGCCUCCAACCCUGUGGACGUGGUGCGGACGCGGAUGAUGAACCAGCGGGCGAUAGUGGGCAGCACAGAGCUCUAUAAGGGCACGCUGGAUGGCCUCGUGAAGACAUGGAAGAGCGAGGGCUUCUUUGCGCUCUAUAAAGGAUUCUGGCCCAACUGGCUUCGGCUCGGUCCCUGGAACAUCAUUUUUUUUAUCACGUACGAGCAGCUGAAGCGACUUCCAUUCUGACAGCUGGCUUCGUUUCGUGAGAGUCAUCCGCAAGACUUGCAGCAGAGAGCUGUGCUGCAGCCUUCCCCUUCGUUUCGCCAUCCCCGCGUUUUGAUGUGUUGGUACCUGUGGGUCUGGGCUCCCCCGCUCCCCCAAAUGCACGGUCCCUGGAGCAUGAUCUGGCUGAAGUGUAACCGGGAGGCUGAUGGCAGGGGCUGCAUGUUUUCUUUUUCACACGGAGGCAAGUAUUGACAGUGUACAAGUGUCUGGGCUCGAAGCAAUAUCUUCUGUGAAGAUCCCUGCAUUCCAGUGGCCUUUUGGUGCAGCUGUGGUUCCUUGUUUGGCUUGUGUGCGUUUUUCUGCCAUGCCUGCGGGGUGAGGCUGGGAAAGGGUGCUGUCGUGUUUUCUUGCAGAACUGUCACCUCAUUAAAUUAUUUAUUGACUG